CCCAUUUUCCUUUCUUGUCUCUCUCCCUAUUCCAACAUGACUUCUCGGCCCUCCGCCUUCGAUGCUCUCAUGUCAAAUGCACGCCUCUUAGCCGCCAAGAACAACCCUUCCGCUCCCUCUCCCACCAAGAAACGCAAGUCCCUCCUCUCCUCGCCCCGCCGGCCAAAUACCAAGGGAACGACUAUUGAUGGACUUGAAAACUCCAUUGAAGAUUCCCCAAAACCCAAUUCGAAUGAGACGCAGAAACCCCCGGAUUCGAAGAAAACAAAGGUGGUUGGUAUCUCUGAGAAAACUGCUGAACUGAAGGCGAAAAUUGGGUUUUUGAAAAAGAAGCCGGCGGAUUUUGAUCCUAAGACGGUGACGUGUUGGGAGAAAGGAGAGAGGGUUCCGUUUUUGUUUCUUUGUUUGGCAUCUGAUUCAAUGUCAAACGAGACUAGUCAGAUUCUAAUAACCGGUAUCGGUUGUAAUAUGUUGAGGACUGUUAUUUAUACCACACCGGUUGAUUUGCUGGCCAUGGCUUACUUAGCAGCAAAUAAGCUUGCUCCGACGCAUGAGGGGUUAGAGCUGGGAAUUGGAGAAGCCUCGAUUAUCAAGUUCCUGACAGAGGCAUAUGGGAGGACUGAACCACAUAUUAAGAAUCUACAGAUAACAUCUAAUGAAGACCUUUGUAGAUGGAUAAUGAAGGGGCAAGGGAAAGUGAAUGUUGAAGAGUGCUCAGAAAUUGUUCUUUUUGGUCUUUACCUUAAAUUGCUGCUUGAUAGCUUAUAUCUUGCUGCUAAGAUUGUCAAGCAAGUUUUUUCUGUCCUUCCAGUCUAUGAUAAAGUGGUUCCUGCUCUUUUGACUAGUGGUAUAUGGAAUCUUCCAAAGACGUGUAGCUUUACGGUGGGUGUGCCUGUUGAACCUAUGAAAGCAAAAUCAACCAAUUCUGUUGCCAAAAUUGUAAAUAAAUUCCAGGAUACCGACUUUGUUUGUGAAUAUAAAUAUGAUGGCGAGCGUGCACAGAUAAAUUAUUUGGAGAAUGGUUCAGUCUAGUUAUAAAGUCGAAAUGCUGAGCGGAACACCGGAAAGUUUCCGGAUGUUGUUGCUGCAAUUUCUAGAUUCAAGAAGUCCUCUGUAAAACCAUUUGUUUUGGAUUGUGAGCUUGUAGCUUAUGAUCGGGUUCAAUGGAAAAUUUUAUCCUUUCAGAUCCUUAGUACAAGGGCUCGAAAAAAUGUUUUGUUGAGUGACAUCAAAGUUGAUGUGUGCAUAUUUGCUUUUGACAUCCUGUAUCUUAAUGGGCAAGCACUUCUUCAGGAACAACUGGAGAUUCGUAAAGAGAGGCUUUACGACUCAUUUGAAGAAGAAACUGGGUUUUUUCAGUUUGCGACGGCUUUAACAUCAAAUGAUCUUGAGGAAAUACAAUCAUUCCUUAAUUCUGAUGUUUCUUCAAGCUAAUUCUUCCAUUGCGGGGGCUUAAUUAUCAAGACAUUGGAUAGAAAUGCUAAAUAUGAGCCAUCAAAGCUAUCACUUAACUGGCUAAAAUUGAAGAAAGACUACUUGGAAAGUUAAUGUCUAAGAAAUAUUGGAGAUACAUUAGAUCUACUACCUGUUGCUGCUUUCCAUGGGAAACGGACAGGAGUAUGUGGUUCCUUUCUCUUGGCUUGUUAUGAUGACAACAACGAAGAAUACCAGGGUAUCUGUAAAAUAGGUAUAGGUUUUACUGAAGCAGUCUGCGAAGAAUGUUCAGCCAGUCUCUCGUCUAAAGUGAUUCCUGAACCAAAGCAUUCAUACUAUCACUACACAGGGGAAAUGCCAGAUGUAUGGUUUGAGGCUGCUGAGAUCUGGGAGGUAAAAGGUGCAUGCUUGACUAUUAGCCCUAAGUACCAUGCAGCAAUUGGGGUUGUGGAUCCUGAUAAGGAUGCUUGGUACCGAUUUGCACGUAUAGUUCGUAUUUGAGAAGAUAAGACUCCGGAGCAAGCUACAUCAACUGAGCAGAUUGCCGGGAUGCAUAAUGAUCAGAACACAAUGAAAUUGCCGAGAAAGAUGAUUGUGAGGACGAUCCAGGAAUUCGACUACAUAUCUGACUGUUUUUCAAGGGUGAAGGGGACUUAUAAUUUGUUAUCAAUUUUCUUAAAGCUAAAAGCUGUCAAAUUUUUCAUUGCUUUAGACUUUAAUUUGUAUGAAUACGUAUUAGCCAGCCUUAUAAGUUCUUCCCUUUGA